AUGUCCCUCGCGGCGUCCAUCGCCGCGCCCGCCGCGCUCGCAUCCCGCGCGUCCGCCUCCCGUCGCGGCCGCUCGCGCCUCGCGUCGCGCGGCGUCACCCGAACAAGCGUCGUCGGGGCCCACGGACGCAUCGACCGCGUCGCUCGCGCGGUCGCGUCGCCCAGCCUCCCGUCCGGCCCGCUCGAUGCCCUCCCGGUCCCGGAUUUCCUCCGCGGCCCCUUGGGCGACAUCGUGCGCAACGUCGAGACCGCGCUCCCCGACGACGCCAAGAAGGCGUUGCUCCGAACGCAGUACACCUCCGCGGUCGGCUUGAGGCUCGCAUUCUUCAUCACGCAAGGCGUGCUCUCCUCGCGCGUCUCCGGUCGGUCCAACAUCGACGUCGCCGCCGCGGCCGCCGCCAUCGCCAAGGCCGUCCUCGACCCGGCCCCGCGCGCUAAGAUCCCCGACGAGAAGAGCAACCUCGGCAACAUCGUCAGCAACGCCGCCGACGGCCGCGCGCUCACCGACGACGAAGCCGCGGAGGUGUCGCAGUUCCUGGAGCAGCAUCUGACGUGCAUCGUCAACCUCUUCCGCGCCGAGCUCGAGCACCUGGAGAACGGCACGUACAAGUUCCCGUACGACCUCAACCCCGCCACCGCCCCGACGGAGCAGUGGAACCCCGCGCAGGUGUUCGCCAUCGCCUCCGACACCCUCAGCGACCAGGCCAAGGUGGCGGACCGACGCAACGCCAAGCGGGGGCAGGAGCUGCUGGACACGUUCGGACCCGACCCUACUCGAUACCCCGCGUAUUACCUCCAGAACUUUCACUACCAGACGGACGGAUGGCUCAGCGCCGACAGCGCGCGGCUGUACGACUUCCAGGUGGAGACGCUGUUCCUGGGCAGCGCGGACACGAUGCGGAGGCAGGCGCUUCCCUUCAUCUCGAGGUGGAUGGAGGGACGCGACGCGGCGGCGACGAAGGUGCUGGACGUGGCGUCCGGCACGGGCCGUUUCCUCACGUUCGUGCGCGAUAACUGGCCCGAGCUGGACUGCACCGCCGUGGAGCUCUCCCCGCACUACCUCGACGCCGUGCGCAAGAGCAACGAGAGGUUCGAGGACGUCGCGGCGUACCCCCGAGCGGGUCCGCUGAAACUCGUGGAGGCCAACUGCGAGAAGAUGCCGUUCGAGGACGCUUCCUUCGACGCCGUCACCAACGUGUAUCUCUUCCACGAGAUGCCAAAAGAGGCGCGAAGGAACGCGGCGAGGGAGUUCGCGAGGGUGCUGAAGCCCGGGGGUAAGCUGUUCUUCGUCGAUUCCGCGCAGGUUGGCGACGGAAAGGCGCUCGGGAUGGAGAAGGCUUUCGACCAGGCGCUCGAGCGAUUUCCGCAGUUCAACCACGAGCCUUACUACCGCGAUUACUCCCUCACGAACCUCGAGGAGCUGUUCGGGGAGUUCGGGUUGGUGCUGGAGGAGUCCACGGUGGCGUGGGUGUCCAAGGCGUGGUGCUUCACGAAACGGGAGAAACCUUCGGAGGCUGUCGAGGAGGUGGAGCCGGUGGUCGUCGAGGCUCCCGACCUCUCGGGCGCGGGCGCCGCGAGGUGACCGGUCCCGUAGGUCCCGUCUCCCGUCUCUCAUUCUUUGUUCACAAGUACCCACCGUUAGCAAGCCCGCGAUUGUCUCUAUGAUGUUUCUAUUCGUUUCCA